GGUUUAAACGUAAUUAUGGUGAAACUUUACUUUGUGUUUACAGUGACUUGGUGUGCGCUAUUUUUGUGUUUUUCUCUCCCACGUGUUCGUGGGAAGGUGUGCACUGCCCAAAUAACAGUACGACGUUGGCGGGUCGUUAACGAAUUCUCCCCGGAAACCAGUUACUGGUGCGGCUACGACAACGACGGAGAGCACAAGUGUGAGCAGAGAACUCAGAAGACGCACAAAACGAGACGUCAGCCCUACACAGCACUGGAAACUCAGUACUUCUGCUGUCCCGGCUACUACGAAGAUCCGUACGGCAAUUGUAAAGCUUGUCCUCCCGGUAGAUACGGAAUGGACUGCAAGAACCAGUGCUCAUGCCCAGAAACAGCUUAUGAACUCUGCAAUCACGUGAACGGAUCGUGCACGUGCACGAGCGGAUGGACCGGGGCCGCGUGCCAGUCUACCUGUCAGUCAGGAACCUAUGGCGCAGACUGCAGUGAGAAGUGUGCGUGUCCCGACAACUCGUACAGCACAUGCCAUCACGCCACGGGGGAAUGCACGUGCACACCAGGAUGGCGUGGAGUAAACUGCGAUGAAGAGUGUGAACCUGGUUUCUACGGACUCGACUGUCUGUCCGCCUGUUCGUGUCCAGACACUGCUUUUCCGGUUUGCGACCACGAAACAGGGCAGUGUCAAUGCCAUGAAGGGUGGAUUGGAGAACAGUGCGAUCAGCACGUCGCAACCAAUAUUAUUUCAGAGUGUCUAGCGGGGUACUUCGGUGCUAACUGCCAGAAACAGUGUACCUGUCAAAAUGGUGGUUCCUGUGAUCACGUGACAGGCGCGUGCCAAUGCGCAGCAGGAUGGUAUGGUCCUCAAUGCGAAUCACCAUGUCCUAGAGGCACGUACGGCCCGGGCUGUCGACACAAGUGUCAUUGUCUUGACGCCAUCAGUUGCAGCCGCGUGGACGGCGCCUGUCGCUGCUUGCCCGGCAUCAAAGGAGAAAAAUGUGACCAAGGCUGUUCGCCGUGGACGUACGGGAGCACGUGCAGCUUGCCGUGCGCGUGCGAACGAAACACCACUGUCGUCUGCUCGCCCGUCAACGGAACGUGCCUCUGUCUGUUCGGCUGGAAAGGCGGGCGGUGUGACGUACAAGAACCGCCGACAAGACACGAGCAGGCUGAGCCACAAACGAACCUGCCCCUGGUUGUGGGGGUGAGCGCCGCCACUGUGUCCUUCUUAGCUGUGGCCGUCUGUCUGCUGAUAAUCGUCUUGAGGAGAUCUAGACACAAACCCUACACAGGAUGGUUACUUCCCUUGAAGACAGCGUUUUGUCGCAGCAUGCUGAGUAACUCAGUGGUUCUGGAACCAAACAGGAACUCAAUAUCAUCCUCACACCCAGGUCAGUCAUCUUCACACCCAGGUCAGUCAUCUUCACACCCAGACGACACUCGCCUGUGUUCCGAUGAGGCACAGCUGCCAAUCAGUCAGAUCUGUGGGAUCGGCAUUGAGAACGACUCGUAUUCGCAUGGCGAUGACGUCACUGCUAGUAACACAACCGUGACGUCAUGUGACAAGGCCAAUCCGGCCGAGUAUGGAGCUACGGAUGGCUACGACCAGCUCAGACGCAACACCAGUGCGCAGGUCAUGGGCGCCGGAAGUAGAAAACCAUACGAUCACGUAAAUCGACAGAAUCUUACAAAGAGUGCACCCGUGCUCGACGAGCAGUUCUAUGACGUCACAACCACAAACGGCGAAACUCAGAAGAAACGACCGAGCUCUACGUAUCAAAGCCUCGCUGUGUAAACUUAGUGGAUAGAAGAAAUCGAGACUAUUCUUCUUCCUAUAGUUUCCCAUGUUUGAUACAUACAGCUGAGGCAACACUCACGUCUUGGUGUUGCACAUUUUGUUUUGUUUAUUUGCAUGUUUUAGACAUUUCAACUUCUAUUCAGUGUAGUCAAUGGAAAUGUCGUUUAACGGCCCUCUCAAACGUAGGUGGUUUGAAACUUAACUAAACAUAAUUCCAAAUGUCAUAAUUGUACUUUUAUAAUUACCUUUUGUAAUGUUCAUAAAUUACAUUGUGCUAAUAGAUAA